UAUAAACCUGGGGCCUCACACCUUCAGCGGGGUCAAAUUUCUCCGGCGGAUCAGAGCAGCCUCUUCAGGGCAGCGUGCGGUGCCACAGGAGUCCCGCGCAUCGCAGGAGUUUCUUCGUGGAAUUAUGACGGUGUUUGCGGCCUGUUCCGUCUCGGCUCGCGGCGCCUUCAGAAUGUAAAGCUCUGCGCUUUGGUUCGGUUCGGCUGGCUGCGUAGAUUCAGAGGUUUCUGCGUGUUGGAUGCGUUUCGUGGGCGCGCAGCAGCAGCGGAAACACGGAGAGCGGCCACGGCUCGAUCUGCUUUUCCGCUCAACAUGAACCUGAUCGGGGGUUACCAGCAUCACCACCACCUGAUGCACGAGCCCUUCCCGUUCGUGCAGCGGUGCCACCAGGACGCGCCGUACUUCCAGAGCUGGGUGGUGAACCACGGCGAGGUCCCGCCGGACUUCCAAAUCCAGACGCCCUACCCGGCCGCGGAGCUGGGCGCGCCGGGAGUGCCGCACGACGGCCGGUUGGAGGGGCUCCAGGCGGGGAUGGGGAAGCGGAGAGCGUCGGGGCCGAAGAAGGAGCGUCGGAGGACGGAGAGCAUCAACACCGCCUUCGCGGAGCUGCGGGAGUGCAUCCCCAACGUCCCCGCAGACACCAAACUGUCGAAAAUCAAAACGCUGCGCCUCGCCACCAGUUACAUCGCCUAUCUGAUGGACGUCCUGGCCAAAGACUCCGGGGAGACGGAGGGCUUUAAGGCCGAAAUUAAGAAAUUUGAGACGCGGGACCUGAAACGGAAACGGGAGCUGACCGACGGCCUGCAGGAGUCCAUAGGAGCGGAGAAGAAGGCGAAAGGCCGGACCGGGUGGCCGCAGCAGGUCUGGGCUCUGGAGCUUAACCAGUGACCCACCCCACCCCCCAACAAAGAAACCUUCACCCGCAUCUUCUGGUUUCAAACUGAACACGCAAGCGUGCACGCGCUGACAAUGUCUCAGAGGCUGGAAAAAAGACCAGAAUGAUGAGCACUAGAGGAGCGAUGCACGCGCGGCAGCUGCGGCCAAAAUCCCGCAUUUCCACCUUUUGCGCUCUGCGGCCGACCUGACCCCCCCGCAAAGAAAAAGAAAGACGUUUCUGUUUCUUUUCCACCUGUGCUCGUGAUUCAGCUCGAACAGAGACGCGGCGGCAGGAACAUGUUCUGAUGCAGAGACGUCCUCCACGCGCCGGAUGAGGAGCAGCCGCGCGGCCUCAGAGCUUCUUGUAAAUACGGUACAUGCUUGUUGUCGACGCGCGCGGCUGCUUUUUGUUGCGGGAUCCCGUUGAAUCUACCUCAGGCCCCAGGAGUGUCCGCGCGCCGCCUUCACGCGGCGCAGCCGAGACCCGCAGCUUUCUGGCACUAACAGGCUUCAACCUUUCCGCGUGCGUGUGGAUGGAAACGUGUGUUUUAGGUGUAAAGUUAUCUAUGGUUCCGGGAAUAAAUGAAUUAUUUUAAGACA